GACACCUUCAGCACCUUGACGACCAUGGAGUUUCAUAACAUCGUAACACUCGGUGUUUCCUCUCCAAUGUCGUGUCAGUGAUAGACUUAGGAUUCGUUUCAUUCAUAGAAAUGACCUGUAUGAAACAAAUCUUCUCUAAAAGAGCUCGUGGUAAAGUCGGACGGCUGCUCGGUGCAGCUCUCACCUCCUGCAGAAGUUUCCACGCAGAAACAGUAAGAUUUGAAUCCAGCGGACUUCCCAUAGUUCACCACAGGAAGUAUGUUUGUGACCUGCCGCCAAACCACAGGUUCCCCAUGGGAAAGUUUCCCCGAGUUUUACGAUGUUUACUCAAAGAUCAGGUCAUUACAGAGAAUCAGGUUUGGGUUCCUGAAAUAGCUUCUAAAGAAUUACUCAGCUGUGUUCACACCGAGGAAUACUUGAACGACUUCAUAAAUGGGAAAAUAAAUGAGCAGGAACAGAGGAGGACAGGUUUCCCCUGGAGUGAAGGCAUUGUGAGACGCUGUCGAUAUGAAACAGGUGGGACUGUUCUUGCUGCUGAGGUGGCUCUGCAGAGGGGCCUGGCCUGCAGCACGGCAGGAGGAACUCAUCAUGCGUUUCCGAGCUUUGGCUCUGGGUUUUGUCUCCUCAAUGAUUUGGCUGUUGCUGCAAAAUACCUGAUGGGAGCUUCUACAGCAAAAAGAAAGGUUCUGAUUGUGGACCUAGAUGUGCAUCAGGGUGAUGGUACUGCUUUUAUUUUCAAAGAGGAACCAUGUGUGUUUACAUUCUCAGUGCAUUGUGGGAAAAACUUUCCUCUCCGUAAACAACAGAGCGACCUCGAUGUUAGUGUGGAGGAUGGGAUGGAAGACAAGGAGUACCUCUCCACAGUUGAAGCCCACCUCCCCUGGCUGCUGGAGACUUUUCGUCCAGAUCUGGUCCUGUAUGAUGCAGGGGUUGACCCUCACCAUGAAGAUGAGCUCGGGAGGCUUCGCCUCACUGACCAGGGUCUGUAUCAGAGAGAUCUAUACGUGUUGAAGACUGUGGUGAGCCGAGGCAUUCCCGUCGCUGCUGUCAUUGGAGGAGGUUACUUGAAAGAUAUCGACAAACUGGCUGUAAGGCACUCCAUUGUGCACAGAGCAGCAACCCAGGUUUGGAGAGAGUGUGCAAUGUAAACUCUAUGCACUAAAUCAAGAGGACCUGAAAUGGAGGAAGCUGUCUAAGAGCCAAUCCCAGUAUUGAUAUUAUAGAACUAAAGAACCAAGUAAUGCUAAAUGAACCUUUUUUUGGUUCUAUUCUCUAUAUGUAUAUGCUGUAUAUGCUAGCUCUACUUUUAAGCAAUGUCCAAACCCUCUGAUCAUCAUCUACCUCUGGAGUCAACAGCUGCUUUUUUAGCUUCUGUUGAGGAAAUUUAGAGAAUAUCUCAGACUGUGUUGCUAUCUCUCUCAAUAUGCAGAUAUGAUGUAUAAAAAGGAUUAUUAAAAUGCUCAAUUGUUGUUA